ACAUACGUCAGUUCCCUGUUCUGCCCUGCGUUGUAUUACAGUGAGGCCGAAUAUACGAAAGUUGCAUUUGCCAUUUAUUACUUAGCUAAUUAAAAAUACAUAGUAUAAAAUCGGUGACUCAUUGUUAUAUUUAUCCUGAUACCAGAUUUGAAUUUACGCAACUCUAACACAGCAUCAAUGGCAUUAGCGGAAUCUAAACCAAACCUCAGCCAUCUACAGGUGUCUGAGCUAGUGAAGAGGCUCUUUGACUUGACGCCGUCCCAGAUUCACCCGCUGCCCAGCUACGAUGACCAGAACUUCCACUUGGUGGUCAGUGAGGACAAAGAGUACGUCCUGAAGGUAAUGAACUCUGAGGACAGUCAGAACCCCACUCUGCUGGAGCUGCAGACUCAUGCCAUGACCUUCCUGCACGAGAGGGGGCUUCCUGCCCAGACUGUCCUCCCCACCACCUCAGGACAAGUCAUGAGCCUGGAGGACAUCGACUGCGGCUUUGGCAUGCAGAAGUACGUGGUGAGACUGCUGACCUAUUUACCGGGGACCACCAUCACCAAAGUGCCCUGCUCUCCACAGAUCCUGUAUGAAGCUGGCAAAAUGGCCGCCAAGAUGGACACAGUCCUGCAGGAAAUGGAGCAUCCUCAACUCCAUGUACUACAGAGGGAGAAGUUCAUCUGGAGUCUGUCCAACAUCCCUCUGCUGGAGCCGUACCUCCAUCUAAUGGACGGGGAUCCUGUACAGCAGGUGGUCAAGUCAGUCAUCCAACUGUACAAGACUUGUGUUCAGCCCAAACUCGGCUCCUUCCGCAAGUGCAUCAACCAUGGUGACUUCAAUGACCACAACAUCUUGGUGCAACCAGACGAUUCAACCGCCUACAAAAUCUCUGGCAUCCUGGACUUUGGGGACAUGAGCAGCGGCUACUACGUGUUCGAGCUGGCCAUCACCAUCAUGUACAUGAUGAUCGAGAACCCCACAUCUCUGGAUGUGGCAAGAGACGUGCUAGCCGGCUGGGAGAGUGUUAUUCCCCUCAACGAAGCCGAGAGGGACGCACUCUACCUGCUGGUGCUCUGUCGCUUCUGCCAGUCCCUGGUUGUUGCCCGCCACACUGUGGUGCAGCACCCGGAGAACAAAGAUUACCUCAUGAUCACCACCAAGACGGGCAUCCGCCAUCUUUGCCGACUUUGGGAACUGGGCAAGGAGGUGGUGGAGAAGAGGUGGUUUCAGAAUGCCGCCCAGGAUUCUGGUCUUCAAGCCCAAGAGGUUUAAGGGAAGCAGUCUCUCUUGAAGGAUAUUUCAGGGAGCACUUUCUUUUCAUUGGCUGUGUCCCGAUUUAUUUUCCCUUCAGCCAGUGCUUUCACCAAUCCAAUGAUGUUGAAUCCAUGUGGAGUCUGCAGGUGCACCUUUUUAAGUAUUAAAAGGUACACUCAGCAAUAUGAAAUCAUUAAAAAGUGUGGCGUGCCUCAAGCUAAUAGUUGGUUGUCAUCCUGUUCUGCAUGAUCAUUUCAUAUUGCUGAGUCUACCCUUUUAGCAGACCGACCAUCUGAUAAAAGGUAAACUCAUUUAAACGUAUUAACUGGAAUCCAUCAGUCUGGCAGUGUGACCUGAGGAAAAUCUGACCCAAAUCCUGUUCUAAAACGGUUUUGAAUCUUGGUCAGUCUCAGAUUUGUCUGAACCCAUCCAGUUGAGAGAAGUAUAGAUUUGAUUUUCUCUGUGAUAACUCCGUUUAACAUGCAUUAAGUAAUCUCUUAACACUCCCAAAGCUUUGAUUUACGAAUUUAACCCCCCCCUGCACGGAAUUUGUGCUCUUUUCAAAACGGCAUGUUGACAUUGUCAUACUGUGGAUAAUGUCUGUUGGGAUGAAGGCCAUAGGGGCGGCAGGGUAGCCUAGUGGUUAGAGCGUUGGACUAGUAACCGAAAGGUUGCAAGUUCGAAUCCCCGAGCUGACAAGGUACAAAUCUGUCGUUCUGCCCCUGAACAGGCAGUUAACCCACUGUUCCAAGGCCGUCAUUAAAAAUAGGAAUAUGUUCUUAACUGACUUGCCUAGUUACAUAAAAGGUAAAAUAAAAAAAUAAAAAUGAAAUGAGUAGGUCGGAUGAUUUGAGGUGCUUAUAUGCAUAGCAACAAGUUACUCUGAAUCAGCUGUUGCAGUGUCCACAAUCCACACUAUGUCCUGUGUCAAUUUUCAUCAUUCCAUUUUUAGGGCUCACUUCAAUUAGUGUAACUCACUUUACAAAAUAAGCAAUUCAGCAGCUAUGACCUACAUUUAACUGAAGUGCCUGUGUAAGGAGUCAUUGAUGUAUCAUGAUCGUUUGUUAAAAUCAUAUUUUGUAAGAUUCAUCUAAUUCCGUUGCAUAAUAAACCUACAAAUCUGUGAAAUUAAGAAA